CGGCAGUCCAGCUGCAGUGGCACGAGCCAUUGGAGCGGGGCGUGAAGAUCUCGCCGCAAGAGUUGGCCGAUUUGGGAAAUAGGGCCGAGCAGGAUGCUCGGGCGCAGGUGGCGGCCCAGCGCGGCAAUGUUUCUCUCGCGCCCGAAUGCUUCUCUUGCGCGCAGAAAGAUUACGUUGCGCCGUGCCCGUCGGGCUGGGAGGUGGCGAUUGGCAGAAUGUGCACGGCGCCGGCGGGUUAUGGUGGAUACUGCCGGGCAGAACUGUCGUUCGACGGAGAGUCAGCUGCAACCAAGCGGGAGGCCGAAAUUGCUUGCGGCGUGUGUUGGCCAUGCAGCCAAUAAACGCCCUCGCGUCGACAGGUGCCAAAUGCGCGCAGCGCGGCCAGCAGCCUCGGCCCGCAGCCUGCGACACAUUCUUUCGCGAUGCACGC